GCGGUGAUGACAUGCACGACGGUCAGUUGCAUGCUAGGCCCCAUCAAGGUCAACAAGCGCAAAGCAUGCAAUCAUUUGCCGCCAUGCGUCAGACCCCGUCGGCCAUGCAACAUCCGUACUACCCCACACGUGCCGCUUCUCCGCGGACGCCUUUCGGUGGAGGGUGUGUUGGGCAGACUCGGAGAGCAUGCAUGUGGGCGUUGCUCGCGGUGGUCCACAGUCGUGGGACAUGCGGGCGGACGGCGGUUUCGACGUUCGUGAUCAUCCUCUGUCCGUCAACCAGCAGUUCGAUUUGUAUGCAGCGAGGGCAUGCGUAGAAGGCACGAGCAUGGCUGCGGGCUUCGGCAUGCCAUCAGCGCCCACCCAGAGCAUGCCCAUGGGUGGCAGGCAUUGGUCUCCCCAAUGCAGCCAAGGCGCAGGGAGGUUGUUCGGCUCGCGGUGUUCUGGAUGUCCAGCGGAGGGCGUUGACACGGAUGCCUCUUGGAAUCGGCCAAACACAAGGCAUGUGUCCCCCGAGACGCGCAUGGAAUCACCGUUCGAUGAAGGCACAGGCGGCUCCGAAGCAGGCGACGAAGAUGGUGAGGCAGAGCAAGGAAGUGUCGUUCCCAUGGUCACAAGUUCGACGGGCGGGCAGGGUGAUGUUAGCGGCCAGGGUGCGGGAGGUGCAACUACGGUCGGCGGAUUCCCUGCGAAUGGCCGCCCGCCAUCUCAAAAGAAGCCAAGCAUCAAAUGGACGUUGGACGAGCGGGUGAAGCUUGCAAUUUUGAUGGGUGAGGAUGACGCCCUUAUGUCAGAUGCUAACAACCAGCACCGAUUCAAGCAGAGGAAAGACCGGUAUGUAUGGGUGAAUGACAGGAUGGUGGACGCUGGCUUCAAGCACAGGAGCGGUGAAGACUGCCGCAAGAAGUGGUCGAACAUGUUAGCGACGACAAAGCUCAUCGUCGAAAAGUGUGAAGCAUCUAGACAGCCGUCGUAUUGGGAUCUGUUUGUGGAGGAACGAAGGAGAAGAGUCUCCCGCUUUCAUUUGAGAAGGCUUUGUGGGACGCUAUGCAGUGGAAGCUAAACCGGUCGUCGAUGAGGUGUGACAAUACACUGGCCUCGGAGAACCUUGCGGGCGGUGGAACAGAUGCAACGCCGGC